CAAAUUAGAAAAAUUAAAGAAAAAGAACCAAGUUUGGUUGGAAACAACGAACAGUGGCAUCAGUGGCAACAGCUGAUUACACAGUUUGUGAAAACGUAAACAUAAUCCACCUGCGGGCCAUUUUUAGGCACCGAGACUUUUGAGAAUUAUAGAAAAUACAGGAAUUUUUAGAGCAAAUUUGUUUAAAUGAAGGCCAUUGUGCAGAGAGUAACUGCCGCAAAGGUAACCGUUGGCGACGAGCUGAUUAGCUCGAUUGGACGUGGCCUAUGCGUGCUUGUGGGUAUAACGCACUCGGACACGGAGAAGGAUGUGGAAUAUCUCGUCCGCAAGCUCGUCGCCUUACGUCUUUUUGAAGAUACAGCAGGUAAACGUUGGCAGAAAAGCAUCAAAGAUGAGCAACUGGAAAUAUUGUGCGUCUCGCAAUUCACACUCUAUCACCGUCUUAAAGGGAAUAAACCUGAUUUUCAUUUGGCCAUGCAAGGCGACACUGCGCAAAACUUAUAUAACUCGUUUCUAAAACGGUUGGAAAAAGACUAUGAUGCGACGAAAAUAAAAGAUGGCAAAUUUGGCGCAUACAUGCAAGUACACAUUCAAAAUGAUGGGCCUGUCACCAUUGAACUGGAGUCACCAAUUGACGCAAAAGCUAAUAAGGUUUUCAAACCAAAUUGAAAAGUUCUGCCGCAGAGAAUAAUACUGAGGUUGAUAAAUAAAGCCAAUUUUUUUUUUAAUGUCAAGCUGUGCCAUUUCUUCCAUACUGCAAUGCGGUUAUUGCAUUUAAACCGAUAUUUUGCGGAUUUAAAUUGCGCCUGGCGCUUUGGUGGCAAAGUUGUAAAUGUCACGCAAUGUUACAAAGUUUUACCUGGCAUCAGUUUCUUAUUUCUAAUUGGUUCCGCAGCUCCGAAGCAGCUGCUAUACACAUUUUUUCUAAAGAAUAUAAUACACCGCCACUCCAAAACUGGCCUCAUUUUCGUAAUCUGCGUACACAAAACAUGGAAAAUGACGUUCAAUACUCAUCCCGCUCUACUUUACUCGAGUCGUGUCGAAAAUUGCAUGGCAUUCGCUAAAAUUUCGACUCGGUUAUUGUUUUUUCGCCUGGGUAAAAUAUUGUCGUAUGUUACUUUCGCCAGGUUUUGGGAAAUCGAUGUUAAAGAUUCAGUCAUAAUUUCUCAAAAGCUGUACAAUAGUUUUUUGCCAAAUUUUAAUGCUUGAUUGUACAUAGUAUUAAAAGUAUAAAACCACAUUUUUUUAAGUUUUCAGUAACCCAUACAGCUUUUACAGCCACUUUUUUAUAAAAUGAUUUUGUCGUAUGUUACAUUUUCACAUUAAAUGCUGGUCGGCAGUAUGAUAUCCCCGUAGCGAAUGUCAUGCAUUAGUCACUUAACGAGUCUUGUACGGAAAAUAUUCGUCUUAAAUUACUAUGCGCUCCGUUUGUAUGAAAGUCGUUCAUGACUUUUUCAGAUAAAUGGUAAUUUCGUCAUUGAUGUCAUCUGCUUGACUUGGUCAUGCAGUGAUCAUUAAUGACAUUCAAGCGACAGUAUCUUGCAAUGGACUUUUUAUAAGUGACCGCUGCAAGACAUUGUCUGUUAUAAGUCUUUGAUAGGAGUACACCUGCAUGACAUUGUGACCAGUGUCAUUGUCAGCUAUAUGUCGUUUAGGAUUCACAGCAAGUGCGAUGAUGUCACUAAAUCCUCAUUAGUGACGAUGUCACCGGUGACCCAUUUCGCUACUGGGAUACUACAAAUCACGCACACAAAAGCAAGCAAAAGGCUGAAAUCGUCGCCUGGGUAAAAUAUUGUCGUAAGCGUCAUUUUGUGUUAUUUUUUUUUAAAUGAGAUCUUUCGAUU